AUUGUCUGGAGGUACAGAGUACAUUAAGAUGUCUCCACGUGCAGUGAUCAGCUUGCUGGUGGUUUGCCUCUGUCUGGCCUCCACAGAAGGACGAGCAUUCAAAAAUGAGAAAGCACGGCUGAAGCGACAAGCUGGAAGCAGAUGUGUUGGGGGCGUGAGGGAAGAUCUCAUUGGAGAGAUAGAGUUUGGCUCUGGUCAAUACCAAAACAACGAAGACUGCUGCUUCGAGCUCCGUCCUUACUUUGGCGGUUCUUUCACGGUCGAUCUGGAGUUUAGUGUCUUUGACAUUGAGCAAGGUCCUCGCUGCAGUUAUGACUCUGUUACCUAUGGAACAAGUGACGGUAUUACCGAGAUCGACUGUGGCACGAAGGAUGUCGGAUACAUUAGAUCGUUCAACAGCACGGACAGUUUCCAGUUGUGUUUCCAUAGUGACGGCUCUCAAGUUGGUCGUGGCAUCAAUGUCUUUUAUAUGACUAUCCCAGUACCUUCCCUGAACUAUAGCACCACUCCGUCCUUGAACGUGACAGCCUCGCCUUCACUGAACUACAGCACCGCUCCGUCCUUGAACGUGACAGCCUCGCCUUCCCUGAACUACAGCACCACUCCGUCCUUGAACGUGACAGCCUCGUCUUCACCGAAUUUUACCCUUCCCUACAACAAUGCAACAUCUUCUCUCAACACAACCGGAAAUGAGACUCAGUCCUGCAACAGAUAUCUGACUGGCGAGAGGGGCAACUUUUCAAGCCCUAACUACAACCAGACCUACCCCAACAGACAGGACUGUGCGACUGUCAUCAGCGGACUCACUGGGGACUACACAUUGAGGGUCAACUUCACUAGGUUUGAUCUGGAGAGUAAUAGUGCCUGCAGAUACGACUGGCUUCAGUUCAGCUGGGCUAACAACCAGACCGAAAAAGCCUGUGGUCACGAGUGGGACAACCGCACACUGGAAUUCGACGUCGACGGUGGUAACGUCACAGCAAGCUUCCACUCUGACGGCAGCGUUACAAAGCCAGGAUUCUUUGCAACAUACGAAAUCAAGCCAAGGGGUGUUCCCAGGAGCCGUCGCAACUGCACCUUCACUACUCGGGCUGAGCACGGUAUGAUCCAGAGCCUGCCUGGUACAGGGGAGGACUACGAGAACAACCUCAACUGCAGCUAUGUCUUCAAUGUCCCCAGCAAUAGUAGUCUUCACUUCAACUUCACCACCUUCGACCUCGAGGGCGGUAACGGAUGUCCCUUCGAUUAUGUUCAGAUCAAUGGUGGACGAAGAUGGUGCGGAAGUACCAUUAACGGGAGGCAAGUGAACGGAACUGGUGAGGUUGUGCUGAGAUUUGUCACCGACGGUUCAGUGAGGAGGAGAGGUUUUGUGGCUCGUUUCAACAUCAGGAUGGACAAUGGAACAUCACCAAACACAACAGUUGCCCCAGCCAACACAACAAUCGUCCCAGCAAACACGACAGUCGUUCCACCCAACACAACUGUUGCCCCAGCCAACACAACAAUCGUCCCAGCAAACACGACAGUAGUUCCACCCAACACAACAGUCGUUCCACCCAACACAACAGUUGUACCAGCCAACACAACUAUCGUCCCAGCCAACACAACUGGAAAUGGAAGCCAAUCCUGCAACAGAUAUCUGACUGGCGAGAGAGGCAACUUUUCAAGCCCUAACUACAACCAGACCUACCCCAACAGACAGGACUGUGCGACUGUCAUCAGCGGACUCACUGGGGACUACACAUUGAGGGUCAACUUCACUAGGUUUGAUCUGGAGAGUAAUGGUGCCUGCAGAUACGACUGGCUUCAGUUCAGCUGGGCUAACAACCAGACCGAAAAAGCCUGUGGUCACGAGUGGGACAACCGCACACUGGAAUUUGACGUCGACGGCGGUAAUUUCACAGCACUGUUCCACUCCGAUGGCAGCGUAACCAGGCCAGGAUUUUUUGCCACAUACGAAAUAAAGCCAAGGGGUGUUCCCAGGAACCGUCACAACUGCACCUUCACUGCCCGGGCUGAGCACGGUAUGAUCCAGAGCCUGCCUGGUACAGAGGAAGACUACGAGAACAACCUCAACUGCAGCUACGUCUUCAGUGUCCCCAGCAAUAGCAGUCUUCACUUCAACUUCACCACCUUCGACCUCGAGGGCGGUAAUGGAUGUCCCUACGAUUAUGUUCAGAUCAAUGGUGGACGAAGAUGGUGUGGAAGUACCAUCACCGAGAGGCGAGUGAACGGAACUGGUGAGGUUGUGCUGAGAUUUGUCACCGACGGUUCAGUGAAAAGGAGAGGUUUUGUGGCUCGCUACAACAUCAGGAUGGUCGCUCCUGCAAAUACGACCGUCGCACCAGGCAACACGACCGUCGCACCAGGCAACAUCACCGUCGCACCAAGCAACACGACCGUCGCACCAGGCAACACGACCGUCGCACCAGGCAACACGACCGUCGCACCAGGCAACAUCACCGUCGCACCAGGCAACAUCACCGUCGCACCAGGCAACAUCACCAUCGCACCAGGCAACACCACCGUUGCACCAGGCAAUUACACCGUCGCACCAGGCAACACAACCGUGCAACCUUACGACGUAACGACAUAUACCUGCAACUACGACACUGAAUCCCUGGAAGGCAGAAUAGCUCUGGCAACUGACAUCGAUGGUUUCUACGCAAACAACGAAGAGUGUCGCAUCAAUCUAUAUUCACCUGCUCUUCCCCACGUGACCACGAUCAACUUCACACGCUUUGAUGUUGAAUAUAAUAGCAACUGUCGUUACGACAGCCUGUCAGUGAGGCUUGGAAACAACACAAUGGACACACUAUGUGGAAACAACAGAGGUCCCUUCGUGAAGCAAUACUCUAACGCAGAACCACUACUCGCCAUGACAUUCGUCAGUGAUUCGAGUGUUUCGGGUCUCGGUUUCGCCUUCGACUACCAGACUGAAGUAGAGUACUGUAAUGCUGUGAUCAAUGGUACAUCCGGGUCAUUCGCAACUCCCCCUGGUGGCUACAGUCCCAACAUGGAAUGCACAUACACCAUCAACACCCCCACGCCAGCUGAACUCCACUUCACCUUCGAGGAAUUUGACAUUGAGAGUGCAAGCAGAUGCACGUACGACGCCGUCACCAUGGGCGAAGACAGACUGUGUGGAAGCAGCCCCGGCAGCAAGACAUACCAAUCUGAUGGAACCUUUGUGAUCACCUUCACAUCUGACGGCUCCGUGCAAAGGGAAGGUUUCUACAUGUCCUUCACAUCAUUGCCAGUGGCAUAACCAGACUGACCUACACGGCGAGAUCUAGUUGACAACAAUAUGAGUAAAUAAACUCCAUGUCCUCUA